AUGUCUUCGAAAUUGACUGUCACGGGCAUCCAAGGCCGCCAAAUUACAAUUCCAACGGGGCUUUUUAUCCACAAUGAAUUUGUCCCCUCUUCUACCGGUCAAACCCUAGAAGUGGAGAACCCCUCGACUGGAGAUAAACUUGGAACAAUUUCCGCUGCAGGCCCGGAGGAUAUCAACAAGGCCGUGGAUUCGGCCAAGUCAGCACUCAAAACAUGGAGAACAGUUCCUGGACCAGUCAAAGCCCAGCUAUUGCUCAAACUUGCAGAUCUGAUUGAGCGCGAUGCCCAGGAUAUGGCAUCACUAGAGGCCGUCGAUGCAGGCGUUCUGUAUACUGAUUCAAUCGGGAUGAACAUCCCGCAGACACUCGGCUGUCUGCGAUAUUAUGCAGGCUGGGCCGGGAAGAUUGAUGGCAAGACACUUGACAUGGAUGGUGGCAUUGCCUAUACGCAUCGCGAGCCUUUGGGUGUCUGUGGUGCGAUUGUGCCUUGGAAUGCUCCGCUGAUGAUCACUAUUUGGAAGCUGGCUCCUGCUCUGGUCACCGGUAACGUUUUGAUUAUCAAGUCUUCCGAGCUAUCCCCACUAUACGGCCAGAAGCUUGCCGAGCUGGUGAAGGAAGCCGGCAUUCCUCCUGGAGUUGUGAAUAUCGUUACGGGCGAAGGCGCUAGCGCAGGCCAAGCUUUGUCGGAACAUAUGGAUGUACGCAAGAUUGCCUUCACUGGUAGUGAACUUUCAGGACGUAAGAUCUUGCAAGCAGCAUCCCGAACCAACCUGAAGAAAGUCAGUCUUGAACUCGGUGGCAAGGGUCCGUCUAUUGUCUUUGACGACUGCGAUAUUGAAAACGCACUUCUCUGGACUCGCAUUGGAAUCACAGCCAACAAUGGACAAAUUUGUGCGGCUGGAUCGCGUAUAUACGUUCAGGCCUCUAUUUAUGAUCGAUUCAUCGAGGCUUACAAAAAGGCCGCUGCUGAUGCUCCGACAGUCGCUGGUAAUCCUUUGGAUGCUUCUACUACAAAGGGGCCGGUAGUUAGUCGUGUGCAGCAUGAGAAGAUUCUUGACUUCAUUCGUCAAGGAAAGCAAUCUGGAGCCAAGCUUCUAUUUGGUGGUGAGCGGAUUGGUGAUAAGGGAUACUUCGUUGAAAACACCGCGUUCGCGGACGUUGGCGAUGAUGCGACAAUCAUGCGAGAGGAGAUCUUCGGCCCUGUUGCGAGUAUUGCCAAGUUCACCACGGAGGAGGAAGUCAUCUUCAAAGCCAAUGACUCUCAUCACGGCCUCAGUGCGGCCAUCUUUACCAAUGAUGUUAACCGCGCUCAUCGCGUGAUCAAGGAACUUGAGUCAGGCCAAGUGACUGUCAAUGCCUGGGCGAUGCUCAGUCCCAAUGUUCCAUUUGGAGGAGUGAAGCAAAGUGGAUUUGGCCGCGACAUGGGUGAGGAUGCUCUCGAGGGUUGGACUACUGUGAAGGCUGUGAAGUACAACAUUCUUCCACGGCUCUGAGUGUUAUGUAUAGCUGAAUAGGACAUAUCAUCCC